GGAUUGGCUUCCGCAGCGGCUUUUUGUUUUUCGUAUCUAAAUUUGUUAGAUACGCUUCAGUCCUUCAGUCGGUUUUUCCGUGGUUCGACCAGUUCGACGUUGUCUCAGCUUGUCCAGUCGUGUUCGCGCCUGCAUCUUAUUUAAUCGGUCAAAAGUGAGACUGACAGCAGCUAACGGAGCAGCGCGAAAUCGCACGAGCGCCGCUGGAUCGAAACGAUCCAAACGUCGAUCGGACCGCGGUGACGCGUCAGUGAAAGAAGCGAAACCCCGGCCGACGCUCGGCGAGGCUCGGCGACUCAGCCGUCCGACAUGGAUUCGGGGCCCUCGGGGCUCAGGCGGUGCGUCCCCAGGCUCAGCGUCGAGAACCUGCCUGCUGAAGUGGUCGAAGGCAUCCUGAGCUACCUCUCGUACGACGAGAUAAGCACCAACCGCAGGGUGAGUCGGCGCUUCAACUCGUACUGCCAGCGCCUGCUGAACCAGGGCUUCUUCCGGGCGGAGCGCUUCCACGCCAAGUGCCUCAAGGCGGUGAAGAAGCAGUUGCCCCGGCGGGAAUCGGAGCGCCGCACGCACCCACUGGCUCGCCACUGCGAGAUCCUGACGAGCAUCGAGACGCGCCUGUCCCUGCUCAGCAUGACCUUCAUGAAGUACAUGGACAUGGGGCUCUGCUGCUUCAUCCCAGGAAAGGUGAUAGACGAGAUCUUCCGGGUGCUGCGGCUGGUGCAGAAGGGGGGCACCCCCCCGAGGGCCCACGAGAUCCUGCAGGAGCUGCGGGACAUCUCGUCCAUGGCCAUGGAGCACUUCGACGAGCGCAUCGCCCCCGAACUCAAGCUGCAUAUGGCCCCCAUGAAGCCCCCGCACCUGUCCUUCCUCGCCUCAGGGCAGGGGGCCCUGCACCAGUGCCCCUCAGGGGUCGAGGCGAGAACCGCCGAGCUCGCAGCGGCCGCGUCCUCCCUGCUGGGCCGGGUGCAGAAGCCCUCGAUACAUGCCGGGGUCCGCUCCAUCCUGAACGAGGAGAUGAAGCAGCUGCGCACUUCCAACAGCCUCUUCAGGAAGACCGCCACCGAGUGCAAGGCCAAGCUCACCGCCCAGGCCAAGAAGCUACGCGAGCAGUCCCAGCUGCUGGCAGAGCAGGGAAGCCGGCUUGCAGAGCAGGAGGGCAAGCUAAACGAAAUGAACCGCAAGUUGCUCGAGCAGCACCGCGAGUUCUCUGACGUGCUUGAAGAAGUGAGCCGGCUCCGCGAGCAGGUGCUCGCAUCUUGCGCAACUGCCGCUGGUGCAAAAGGAGGCGGGGAGGCGGCGCUGGCUGUCGUCGAAAACGCGCACGGACGCCCGCGCAGGAAGAGAGGUUAUCCGGCCCUCGCCAAAGAGGCAACGGGUGGGGACGCGACACCGUACAAGAGUUUGGCCGGAGACAAGAGCAAGAGGGCGGCGCCAGACCAUCCUGCCUCGGAGAAGAGGGCACGAAAAUCACCCAGGACCCGUUCGAAAGUGAAACUCGAAGCGUCGGCGGGGUGCUUGCCACGCGUCUGGAAGUAAAUCGAGGUCGGACCGAGGCUGUGGCGGUUUUUCGUACGAGUCAUGCCUGCCUGUUGGGACUUCCGAUGGCUGUACACCCAGUGGAGAGGAUUGUGCAUUGCUUUGAUUUGUUUCUUAGUUGUGCGAGACGGCGCGUGACGAACGGGGCCGUCUGCAACGAAAUGCCGAGCGAAUUCGUCCCGGCCCUGGUAGGAUGUGUGCUGAGGUGUUUCUUACGAUGGCAUUCAAAUUCUGCUUAGGGGACGGCCUGGGUGGGCGAUUUUUUUCUAGACUGCAAGCUGUUUGCUGCUGUGCCCUUGAAAUUCUUCCUGGUGGUUUCCAAGCAACUGGGAACUAAGCAGUCCCUCAUUGUGUAGGGACUGUCAGGACUGAGUUGCGUCUUUUCAGUUCCUGUUCUGUCGGGAACGAAGCGUUUCCUGAUAGUACUGGUGCUAAGCAGUCGUUUGGGAAGUUCCAGGGGGAAUGUUGGAGGUGCGGUAGUGAAGGGUACUUCUAAGCCGAGCCAGGUUGCCUUGGUGCAUUAUUGCAGACGGUCUCUCAGCUAGCAUACGAAAGGCUUCUCGCCUAAAACGUAACGCCGUUCCGAGUUGGCGUGGCCUCUGCGUAUCCUUCUAUGACAGUUUAAAUGAGGCCUUGGGCGCACUCAGGAUUGCAAGUGUCUGAAGAGCACCGGGUGGGACAUAAGCAGGGAGCAGAAGCCAAUUCUAGGUAUGGGUUUGCAACCUGAAAAGUGGCAUCGGCUGCAGAACUAGAAAUAGAAAUGUGUGCCAGGGGAUCCUCACCUGCCGGGUUUGUUGAGGCUGUCAUGGAUGGACGUCGGCCCUACUCCGGUAUCUCCAUUUGCUAACAAAAGUAAUUUCAAUGACAUGUAGGUUUUGUGGGGGAUGUGCCGUUUUGAAAAAGAAUGGGUGUUUGUUUUGGAAGAGGGGGGAAAGCACGCUUGGUCGUUUAACAGUUGUGCUCGAUGAAUUUAUCUCCAGACUCGCAAAAAACGGGGGUUUCCAUAUGUGUUUGUGUGGAGCUUUGUUUUUAUGGGCAAUUAUUGCAAAUGAAGCAUUCAAAACUUCUCUGCAAUUGGUGAUUUUUUUAAUUUUUUUUACACAAUUACUUGAAAGUCCGUUUCUCUGGUCUACUAAUGAUUCAUAACGAGGGUUUUUCUGCCGUCAGUUGUGUAGCUGUGUGUUUUAAUGAGAAUAAAUAUUUAUCCCCGUAAA